CGCGCAGUGGGGAUCUUCUCGAACACCGGCAGUGGGUGCGGCGCGUCGCGACCCCAGCCCGGCAAGAAGUAUGCUCCACAGCAGCGUCUGUAUGCUGACGUCGGUGUAAAGCAUCAGCAGCAGGAGACGGGACUGGCCAAGCGUGACUCCCUGCAAGCCAAACUGCAGCUAGAAACAGACAACAUUUUGCGAUGGAAGGCCGUCACCGAGGUGGAGCUGAGCGACACGAAGCAACAGCUCGAGGAGAGCGAGAACACAGUGGCGACCCUGCGACGCAAUCUCGAGAGCCUGCAGCUUCAGUCUCACAAACUGAACAACGAACUGGCACAGCAGCAGCACCGCAGUCACCUCGUCGACAACAAAGUGGGCAUAACUCGGGCCAUGAUGGCAGAGUUGCAGCAGCAGCAGAGCUCUCUACAGAGCGUCACAGAGCAGUUCAGCGCCAACAGACAAGCGCUGGAACAGAGGCAGCAAGAAACAGAAGCUGCUCUGUAUAAGAUACAGGAGUCGGUUCGUAAGCGGGAGGCUGAACAGAAACAGCAAGUGCAGGAGUUUAUUCUCAAAUGCGAGCGCACAAUGAAUGGCGCGGAUGAACGAGUUAAGGAGGCUGAGCAGCAAAUGAGAGUGACCUGCACUGAGCUGCAUGAGUGCAAGCAGCAGCUCUCCAGCACAGAGACUCAGCUGCAGCAGAGUAAUCAGCAGCUGCGUGACUUGCAGCUGCAGCUUCAGCGUCUGCAGCAACUGGAAGCUGGGCUCACCCGUGACCUGGCCGAGGUGCGAGCUGAGCUGGCAGAGCAGCGCGAGUCUGCAGGCCAGGAGGUGGCCGCCCUGCAGAGACGCUCUGCUGACCUGCAGCGUCGACUUGACAACGCACAACUCAAGACUUCGGAGACCAUGGAGGACUUGGCGCUCGCAGCAGACAAGAUCAGCGCCCUGGAGGACGUGCAGCUCACCAUGCAGGAGAACAGGACCGAGUUGUGCGACACCAUCGAGCAGCUCAGGCACGAAGCAGCGCUUCUUGAGAAGAAGAACCUCGAGACUGAACAGAAGGCUGCCGAGUUUGGGGCGGCAAGCAUGGAGGCAAAGCGGGAGAGUGCGAGCGUGAAAGCCGCUAUGGUGCAACUGCAGGACCUACUCAAGGAGGUCGAAGAGCAGCUCCAGGAGUCGCAAAAGGCGCUGGCGACGGCAACAGAAGCAGCGGAGCAUCAGCGCAACGAGACACUGUCGCAGAUACAAGCCCUACGAGACCAGAUGCGUGAGGCGGAAGCAUCGCAUGAGGCGGUGCAGCAGGAGACCCAGCAGGCCGCUAUACUGCAGAUUAACUCACUGCAGCAGACGCUGCAGGACCAGGAGGCUCAGCUGGACGAGUUACGCAGCAAACUUCGCUCUGCUGAAGACGCGCUGCAGGAUAACCAGCAGUGCUACCAGUUGCUGCAGGAGCAACACGACGCACUCAAGCAGGAGAUGGAUGUGCUGAAGGUACAAACUACUGCAGACGCAGCAGCCAUGGCACACAUGCAAGAGCAGAUCACGUACAAGGACGACGCUCUCCUGCAGUUACAGCUCGAGUUCGGUGAACUGCAGCUGACGCAGCAAGCGCAGCAGGCUGCUCUUACUCUACAGCGGCAUGAGGCCUUAGAAAAGGUUACUCGUCAUAGCCAGGGGCUCGUUGAUCGCAAACAUUUUGAUUUUGUGUCAUGUGAGUGCUGGGGAGCAGAAGCAGCAAGAGCUGAGCCAGGAGUGCGAGCGACUGAUAGCUGA